AAGAAAUCUUAGGGUGACCAAAUGUCCUGUUUUCCCAGGACAUGUUCUGUUUUUACGUCCUGUCCUGGUUGUUUCUAUAAAGUAAUGUAGGUGUCCUUGUUUUAAUUGUUUUACAUUGGGCCACUAGGAUAAAGAAGAAAACUUAAGAUAUCAACUCUCAAGUCCUGAUUUUCAGUAACCAGGACAUUGCAUUUUAAAUAAACCAUUUUGCUUCAGAUUAAGGCCUUCAUGAUGAAUUCUGGCCUUGAAUCAGCUCAACCCUUCACAGAAGUUAAACUCAUUGUAAAUAGGUGUGUUUGUGUUUGUUUUUCUUACAAACCCCUUUAGUAGUGCUUUGAUAUAAACAUCUAUGGACCUCCUCUAAACUUGUGUGAAAGUUUAGGAAGCAGCUUGAUUCAAACUCUGAAGCUUAUGUGCUCUGGCUCAUUGUCAGUGGUAAUUAGCAGAAGUGCCAUCACCUGCAAAUGAAAGAAGACGCUCGACUGAUGAUAAGGUGAGGAGCUUGAAACACAACCUGUGCUUCUGUAACAGUAGUCAGCUUUGUCAGUACGUAGUUCCUAUGAUAAAUGUUAUGAAUGGCAUGAUUUUAUCCUGUUGUGAUAAAACACCGCUCACAUUUGCAUUUGAUUUGCACUCAGAUGGCAUCCAAGUUUGGACAGAGGAGGGUUGGAAGGCUCUCAGAAAACUCUGGUAAAAAUGGUUUAAACUUCAAACCCUAAAUGUUGAUGCAGAUAAACCAGACAGCAACAUCCUCACCACCCCUCUCACUUUGGAAGUUUUCUGUUUGUACUUCGUUUAAUUUUGCUGCAGAGUGCCAUCAGCUUCGGGAUCCCAUCUCAAACCCUCUUCCUCAAAGUGCCUCCUGGUGGGCUGAUAUGGAGGAGCACAGAGAGCAGGGUGACUCAGUCAGGGUGAGUAGAAAAAAAAAACAAUAACAAAUAGGUUGAUGGCAGACUUGUAAUUGCAAUGGAAAAAAAGUUAAUUUUUUUUGUUGUAGGAGCAGCUAAAAGAGAUGGAGGCGCAUGGGGCCAGGCUUCAGGACAUGCUGAAAUAUGAACAGGCCAAAGUAGGUAGGACUUCUGCUCAUGCCUGAGGACCUGUUUUGAUAUUUCUGCUUGAAUGUCUUUUCAAUCCUUGUGCUAGUGCACUCGUCUGCAGCUGCGGUGUAACCAGUAUGAGACAGAGCUGAGGCGUCGAGAGCAGCAGAGCAACAGACUUAAGGAGAGAUUUUCACAGCUAUCUGACAGACACAAAGGACCAUGUAAGACCCGACUUCAUCCUCAAAAUUCAUAUAUUUGUUUGUUCUGUGUAUUUACUGAAUUUUCUAUCUUGUGUUGUAUUUCUAUCCAGCCAUAGAGGUGUUGAACUUUCCACGAAGAAGCCGCAGCAAAAGAGAAGAGCCAAUCAAAUCAGUCAGGUCUUGAACGUUGUCUUUUUCUGAUCUUUGUUUAAAAUGUUUUCUCCGCUCCUUUUUUGAGUCAUAUCAUUUUCUUUCUCUCGUUCGCAGGCGAGAAGAAGCUGCCCUGCGUCUGAUGCUGGAGCGCAGAGAGGCGGAGCUCAGAGAGGCAAUGAAGCUGAGACACAGCCUCACCUCUUUGUUACACUCACUCAGGGUCGACAUGGAGCACGUGGGUAAAAAGAGGGAAUCUCUGAUGACUGUUCCAGGACUUCCUGCUGAUAGAAAUGAUCUUCCUCUUUUGGUAAUACAACACACUGAGGUUUAGAAGUUAUAACAAAGCCUGCUCAUAAAAAGAUUUGUUUGUUUAUGCUUAUUCUUUAGCUUGAAUUUGCUUUUAUACAGUCAUUGAUUAAGCUUUAUUUGGCUCCACAUACAAACCUGACGAGUAAGACAGAGUUAAAUUAUCAAAAUCUACAGAGCAGCUUCAAAAAAGCUGUUUAUGAGACAAAAACUCAGAAUAACACACAAUGCUGCUCUUUCUAAAGACUCUGACUGAUUCACUGGAGGAGGCCCAAACAGAGGACCUACAGCUGGACCAGGCUGAGGCAGCGCUGGGGGACCAUGUGACAGGAGGUGUGGUUCGGAGCUGGAGGCAGGUGCAGAGGAGACUAUGUCACAUCCUGUCUGAAGGUAAAUCACAGAGAUCUAGUCUGUAACAAAGUCUAUGAAGGAGAAUAAUCUGUUGCUUUUCUCAGGGCAUGUUGUGACUGACCAGGACAAGCUCUUGGCUCAACUGGAAACUGAAUUGAGGGAGACUCAGCAGCUUUGUAGAUUACAACAGCAGCUUCUCCAGGUGUUUGUUUUGAUUUCAAUCGCACACAAAAAUCUAAAAUCCUCUAAUGGGAAAUUGAGCCUGUGUCAGACUUGGAGACAAUCUCUUGAUUUUCUCUCUGCAGGACAGCCUCGCUUCUGCGGUUCCCCAUGAACUGAGUGAUUCCUACUUUUUGGAGGAGUGGGAGCGUCUUCGUAUGCACUGGGUUGAGUUCAAUCAUCAGAAGAAGACUUUUGAGAGGGAGCGGCAGUCCUUCACUGAUGCUGCCAUUCGACUGAGCCAUGAGGUGAGCCAUGAUGACAACUUAACUUUUUAAAGGUAUAUGUGUGAACUGCUCUGAGCAUUUUCUCACUUGAAGAGUAAGGUGGAGCUGAUGAGGAAAAAAUACUGGGUUUGGAGUUCCCACAGACAGCGAAACAUGAAUAACCAGGUUAAAAAGUCUGUCUAAUCUUGUCACUCUCUAAAUGUUAUCCACUGUCUGUGCAGCGCUGUGAUUUCGAGCAUCAGAAAGCCUCCCUCUUUAAGCAGCAGUAUCUGUUUGACUCUCCUCUUUUCAAUGACGGAGCGCAGAUCAACAACAGGAGAGAAAGCUCCUCUCAUGGUCAGUAUGCAGUGAAGUGAAAAGGUCCAUGGCCGAUGUUUUGAUGUUGUGACAUAGUUUUACGAAACGUCAAAUGCAUGUUGAGUUUUUGUGUUUGUGUGUGCAGGUUUUUCUGGUUUGGAGCCAAUAAGCGUAUCUGGCUGUCUUCCUCUUUCUCCCUCCUCCACUCAGCCUGGGUUGGCUGCUGUUUCUGGAUUAAACUCGGGAACAGUCAGAGUCAAGACCCCCAGCACUCCUGAGCUCUACUCUGCCCUCAAUCUGUCGUACAACUGCAGGUUAGUCAGGUCUGCUUUGACAGCGACAGCAAAAAACAAAUUUACAUUUCAGUGAUAUUUUCAGUUUAAUUCAUGAAAUGAUUCAUCUGAUUGUUUGUUAGAUUUGUCACCUGUCAUUCCUCUCCUCUCACCCUCAGAUCCAGAGAAACUGAUCACCAGUCUGAGCUGUGGGGUGACAGAGCAGACAGUAUGGUGCCUGCACCACAGAUUCAGCCCUUGGACUGGUCAUUUUAACAGAUUUUUAAUGAUAGUUUUGAUUUUAAAAACAAAUUAUUUAUAUUACUAAUGAAUAAAAACUGGUUUUAUUUAAUUUUCUGUGUUUAUCUUUAUAUUGUGCUGUUACAAACAAUAAGAGAGGCUAUUGGCUGAACUGUAUAUAUGCUUCCUUGUCAGAACUGGGUUACGGUUUAGGGGGCUGUUUUUUGAUUUAAGAAAUGACUGAACACAGAAGCAGAGUUAAAAAAAAUAGAAAGUUACUAAAAAACACUUUUACCAUCAAGGAAUUUAAAGCUCCCGUAAGGAGUUUUUGAUAGUUUUUAAUACAUCUAUAUGAUGUAAAAAAAAGCACAUAAGACCAGCAAUGACAGAAUUGACAACUGCAGACGUUAACAGUUUGUCAUUUAUUUCCCUUAAAAAGACAAGAGGAGGAGGUUUUAAAUCAAUCAAUACUGACUUUACAAGGACAGGACAAAAUCAGCAACAAUAAAUGGGUUACCAUUUUGUCCACUGGGGGCACCAAAAUAAAAACAAAGAAAGUUCCGUUUAAAAGCAGAAUAAGACAACAGACAAACAGUACCUCAGUGGACUCUGUGGAAAAAGGUCAACAACAAUCUUAUCUGCACACCUCAGGGUGACCAAGCUAAAUAUAUGCUGCACACUGCCCUUUUCUUGCAGUGACGGCUGUGUGCCAGACUCUGAUGGAAGAGGUAAGAAUGAACUAGAGUGCACCCUCUCUGUAUUGGACGCCCUAAAUUUCUUCUGCAGGAAGAGUACAACGCUGUGUUUCUGUCGUUCCUGGUCCUCAGGAAGCAGAAAGAC